CAGUUACAUAGCUAUAUAUAAGCUCUCCUCUUGGAGUUUUACAUCCAUCGCCUCAGCAAUAACUCUUGCACUAACAAGCUGUUAUGGUUGCAGCAGAGCACUCAGUGCGUAUGUCCUUCUUUCCCACCAUGGCUGUUCAUCUCAUCUUCGGUCUGCUGGCUCUCUCCUGCCUUGGAGCUGCAUCCGAACCCGACUGUAAAGAGCUGCUCAAGCCCCUGGUACUGGACGACCGCAGCCCGCUCUACGGGAAAUGGAUUUUCUAUGCUGGGACUUCAGAUGUUGAAGACUUCCUUAAAUUUCUUAAAACUAUCAAAACGUCAUGGAUUGACAUCGCCCCUAUCGCUGACAGCGGAAAUAUAACCCUGCGUUGGGGAGACAGAAUCAAUGAAAACUGUGUUUUGGGGUGCAUUAAUUCCACGUAUGCGGACAACAGCUCUGAGGUCUCCUUUAAGUUUAACUUCUACACAUCCUGGCAUGAUGGGAAGUACAUUGAGACCUGCCCUGACUGCAUCCUGUGGGCAGACAGUGCAGAGAUAUCAACCUCAGAGGGCACCAAACAAGGCAGAAACCUGUUCUUAUACACGAGGACCGGGAACCUGGAUGACUCUCAACUGGAGGUCUUUAAGAAACAGGCGGCAUGUCUCAACUUCCCCCAGGUGUUCCACUUUGGAGGAAACAAAGAUCUGUGUCCUGAUGAACAGCACGAGGCCACCUUGCCGCCAACUGAGACCAGCAGCAGAGGACAAUAGUGCUGAAGUGUCUGCUGUCAACCGCUGCUGUCGACUUCUCAAGCCAAUCGCGAGGCCUUCUCAAAUGUUAACCUUUGCUCUGUUUUAGUGUCAUCCCGGUGGUGUGUCUCACAGAUAUCUUGCUGCAAGAUCUGAAGAAAGAUUAAUAGUUAAUAGUGCUCUAACGGCGCUAAGUUUAUCCCUCAAGACAGCCAUGACUGCAGCUUAUGCAUAUAACGUUUUGGUGCAUCUGCCUUGACACAAACAACUACAGGACCAGCUGAAGUCAUUAUCAUUUUUAUGUUCUCUCCUCAUAGUUAAGAGAAUUAGAUGCAUGAUUGUGCAAUUUCUUGAAAAACGACAGCGAGGCUAGGACAAAUGAUUAAGACGGAAUAAAGCUUCUCAUCCCAGUUUCAUAGAACAUUUUGUAAGCCACCAAAAACACAUUUCUGUUAUAAAUCUAAAAACUCUGCAUGCAGAAA